CCGCCGACCAUGGAGCCACCGGUACAGAUCUUCCGCGGAGACCCGAUCCCCACUUGUACCCCAAGCACCUGUCUGCUCCCCAACAGCAGCAGCUGGUUCCCGAGCUGGGCCGAGCCAGACAGCAACGACAACGGCAGCGCCAGCCGGGAGGACGUGCCGCUGGAGCCCGCGCACAUAUCUCCGGUCAUCCCCAUCAUCAUCACCGCGGUCUACUCGGUGGUGUUUGUGGUGGGCUUGGUGGGCAACUCUCUGGUCAUGUUCGUGAUUAUCCGAUACACAAAGAUGAAGACAGCAACCAACAUUUACAUCUUUAAUCUGGCUCUGGCAGAUGCCUUAGUCACUACAACCAUGCCCUUCCAGAGUACAGUUUACCUGAUGAACUCUUGGCCAUUUGGGGAUGUGCUAUGCAAGAUUGUCAUCUCCAUAGACUACUACAAUAUGUUUACCAGCAUCUUCACCUUGACCAUGAUGAGUGUAGACCGCUACAUUGCUGUGUGCCACCCUGUCAAAGCGUUAGAUUUCCGCACACCCUUGAAGGCAAAGAUCAUCAAUAUCUGUAUCUGGCUCCUGUCAUCAUCUGUCGGCAUAUCUGCAAUAGUCCUUGGAGGUACCAAAGUUAGAGAAGAUGUGGAUGUUAUCGAGUGCUCCUUGCAGUUCCCAGAUGAUGACUAUUCCUGGUGGGACCUCUUCAUGAAGCUCUGCGUCUUUGUCUUUGCUUUUGUGAUCCCUGUCCUCAUCAUCAUCGUCUGCUACACCCUGAUGAUCCUACGCCUGAAGAACGUACGACUUCUCUCUGGCUCCCGAGAGAAGGAUCGCAACCUCCGCCGGAUCACCAGGUUGGUCCUGGUGGUGGUGGCUGUCUUCGUAGUCUGCUGGACCCCUAUUCAUAUCUUCAUCCUCGUGGAGGCUCUGGGAAGUACCUCCCACAGCACUGCGGCUCUCUCCAGCUACUACUUCUGCAUUGCCUUGGGCUAUACCAACAGCAGCCUGAACCCCAUUCUCUAUGCCUUCCUUGAUGAGAACUUCAAGCGGUGUUUCCGGGAUUUCUGCUUUCCCAUAAAGAUGAGGCUGGAGCGCCAAAGCACUAGUCGAGUGAGAAAUACAGUUCAGGAUCCUGCUUACAUGCAGGAUGUGGAUGGGAUAAAUAAGCCAGUAUGACUAGUCGUGGAGAUGUCCUCAUA